AUGAUCAGAGUCCUUACCAGAUCGAACUCAUCGGUCUCCUUGCUGGCUGGUAUCAUGGCUGUCGACUGGCUUCUACAGCAAUGGUUCCCUGACCUACGACAGUGGCCACGGGUGAGGAUUGCGUGUGACGGCCUUUUGGCCAUUGAAAUGGCCUUGGAAGAUCGCCCUCUCUCCCCCACGGACAUGCAGUUUGACUUGGUCUCAACCAUCCGGGAAGCCAUCGCUCGCACGUCGGUGUCCUGGUCUCCUCAGUAUGUGUAUGGCCACCUCGACAAGACCCUUCUCUUUGAGGAACUGACUCGGUGGGAGCAGAAGAACCUGGAGGUCCAUGGACUGGCUGUGGAGUUUCGCAAGGAGCUCAAGGUCAAUCAUCAGCUGAUUGCACCGGGGUUCUUGAACUCUCAAGGCAAGAAUAGUAAUCGUUGGAUGGAUAUCCAAACGAGCUCUCUUAGAGACAUAAAGUCCCCUUGCAACAGUAGUAUGAAAGAUUUGAUGGUACUCAGCAUUGAGUACUUUCCUUUCCCAGCCUCCAGUAGAUUGUUACCAGCUGGUGUUUCCUGCUUUGAAUCCUUGUUGAACUUGAUAGGAAAAUCUUCCAACAUGUUCUUGACAUAG